AUGAUUAAGACUACAAACGAGAAAGGGAAAGGCUACUCAGUCUCCUACAAUGGCAUAUUGUAUUCAUUCAUAUUGACGGUCAUCGCCAUUUAUGCUUUAUAUAAAUUGUUUACAGGUCAUGGAACAGAUAUUGAUUUUGGGAAAUUCUUAUUAAAGACCUCUCCAUAUAUGUGGGCUAACCUCGGAAUUGCUAUGUGUAUUGGUCUAAGUGUUGUUGGUGCCGCUUGGGGUAUCUUCAUUACUGGUUCCUCUAUUAUUGGUGCAGGUGUUGCUGCCCCAAGAAUUACCACAAAGAAUUUAAUCUCUAUUAUUUUCUGUGAAGUUGUUGCCAUUUAUGGUUUAAUUAUUUCCAUUGUGUUUUCUUCCAAAUUGACUGUAGCAUCAGCAGAUACGAUGUUUUCCAAAUCAAAUCUAUAUACAGGAUUUUCAUUAUUUUGGGCAGGGAUCACCGUUGGUGCUUGUAAUUUGAUUUGUGGUGUUGCAGUUGGGAUCACAGGUGCUACAGCAGCUAUCUCAGAUGCUGCUGACUCUGCAUUGUUCGUGAAGAUUUUAGUCGUGGAAAUUUUCGGUUCCAUUUUAGGUCUAUUAGGGUUGAUUGUCGGCCUGUUGAUGGCUGGUAAAGCAAGUGAUUUCCAAUGA